AUGAGCAAUCAGCAGCCCACAUUUGGCCUGCCGCCGUCCAGUCGUGGAGGUCGCGGACGUGGCCGUGGACGGGGCGGAUAUCGCGGUGGCAGCCAUGGUUUCUCGGGCUACGGCAUGGCGCAACAAAACACGCUAGACGGGCUGGACACAUUCUUCCCUGAAAUGGCCGACAGCAGCGCGGUGCAGGGGAGCUAUAUCAACAACCUUGAGAGCAACAAGCUCGGGUUUGCGCGGUACCAAGAGGGCCCGACACGCCUUGGCUGGCUAAUCAACAUGCACGCAACAUCGGUGGUCGACAGCGACCGCAACUCGACAAAAGCUGCAGUGGACUAUUAUUUCCUGGAGCAAGAUGGCGGCUCUUUCAAGUGCACACUGCUGUACCAGCCGUAUUUCUACGUUGUGUGUGUGCCGGGGACCGAAGGCGAGGUAGAGGAGUGGCUUGUGAGGCAGUACGAGAAAUUCGUCGAGCGCGUCAGCGUGGUGGAGCGCGAGGAUCUGGGCAUGGCUAACCAUCUGACAGGGCAGCUGUGCAAGCUGGUGCAGAUUGUGUUCCGCAAUGUGCAGGAUCUGUUGGCGGUGCGGCGCGAGCUGCAGCCAAUUAUCAAGCGCAACGCGAACCGCAGCGCCCUGGUCGAUGCGUACAUGGACGACGGCGAGCAGACAGUGCGGGAGGUCGAGGACUGUCUGCUGGAGAUGCGCGAGUUUGAUGUUCCAUAUUACUUGCGGGUAGCCAUUGACAAAAGCAUUCGCGUCGGGCUGUGGUACGAUGUCGCUGCAGAUGCAGGCGAGAUCACAUUAACCAGGCGCGAGGACCUGGUGCAGCGUGCAGAUCCAGUCGUGCUGGCAUUCGAUAUUGAGACGACCAAGCUGCCGUUAAAGUUCCCCGACGCAGCCAUUGACAUGAUCAUGAUGAUUUCGUACAUGGUCGAUGGACAGGGAUACCUGAUUACCAACCGCGAGGUGGUCUCUGAAGACAUUGAGGAUUUCGAGUACACACCGACCAAGGAGUUCCCCGGGCCGUUCAUCAUUUUCAACGAGCCAGAUGAAGCGGCGCUAAUCCAGCGGUUCUUUGACCACAUCCGUGAGGCCAAGCCCACAGUCCUGGCUACGUAUAACGGAGACAUGUUCGAUUGGCCGUUCGUCGAGGCGCGAGCCAUACACCAUGGCUUCGAUAUGCGCGCAGAGAUCGGGUGGUACCGGGACGAGUCGGACGAGUACAAGUGCCGCAGUUGCGUGCACAUGGACUGUUUCCGGUGGGUAAAGCGCGACAGUUACUUGCCGGUCGGCAGUCACGGCUUGAAGGCAGUGACCACGGCCAAGCUCGGCUACAAUCCGAUGGAGAUCGACCCCGAGGACAUGACGAGGUUUGCUGCCGAGCAGCCGCAGACACUGGCACAGUACUCGGUGUCAGAUGCGGUGGCCACAUACUACCUGUAUAUGAAGUACGUCAACCCGUUCAUCUUCUCGCUGUGCAACAUCAUUCCGCUGAAUCCUGACGACGUGCUGCGCAAAGGCUCGGGGACUUUGUGCGAGACGCUUUUGAUGGUUGAGGCGUAUGUGGCCAAUGUUGCGAUUCCAAACAAGCACGCCGACCCGCCCGAGCGCCUGUACGACGGACACUUGAUUGAGACCGAGACAUAUGUGGGCGGGCAUGUCGAGGCACUGGAGGCCGGGGUGUUCCGCAGCGACAUCCCGAUGCAGUUCCGGAUCGACUCGUCGGGCGUACAAAGGCUGCUUGACGAACUGGACCGAGCACUGAAGUUCAGCAUCGAGGUCGAAGGCAAGCACAAGAUGGAGGAAAUCGACAACUAUGACGAGGUGCGCGCAGCCAUUGCUGGCAAGCUGGAGGACAUGCGCGACACGCCGCACCGCAACGAGACGCCGCUGAUCUACCAUUUGGACGUGGCAGCCAUGUACCCAAACAUUAUCCUGACCAACCGGCUGCAGCCCGACGCAAUAGUGAGCGACGCCGUAUGCGCAUCCUGCGACUUUAACGUGCCAGGCAAGACCUGCGAUAGGCGCAUGCCGUGGCUCUGGCGAGGCGAGUAUUUCCCGGCCAAGCGCGGUGAAGUCAACAUGCUCAAGGCCAAGCUGCAGGGCGAGAUGUUCCCGCCGGCGCCGCGCUCAAAGCCCGAUGCGCCGAUGCGCUCGUUCGACCAGCUCUCCAAGGCCGACCAGGCGGCGGAGCUGAGGAAGCGCGUGUCGGACUACUCGCGCAAGGUCUACCAUCGGCUGCGCGACACCAAAGUCGAGGAGCGUGAGGCGGUGAUUUGCCAGCGCGAGAACCCGUUCUAUGUCGAUACAGUGCGCAAUUUCCGUGACCGGCGGUACGUAUACAAGGGCCUGCUGAAGAAGGAGAAGCGCAAAUUGGACGAGGCCAUUGCCAACAGCGACCAUCCGCUGAUCGACUCGGGCAAGAAGCUGGUGGUGCUGUAUGACUCGCUGCAGCUGGCACACAAGUGCAUUCUGAACUCGUUCUACGGCUACCUCGAAAUGGCCGGUGUGGUGUGUCUGACUGGGUCGCGGAUUAUCCAGAUGGCAAGGCAGCGCGUCGAGCAGCUGGGCAGGCCACUGGAGCUCGAUACUGAUGGCAUUUGGUGUGCGCUGCCGGGAACGUUCCCCGAGAACUAUUCGUUCAAGCUGAAGAACGGCAAGGGCAAAUUUGGGAUCUCGUAUCCGUGCACAAUGCUGAACCACCUGGUGUACGACAAGUUCACGAACCACCAGUACCAGGACCUGGUGGAUGGCGAGGAGCACAGGUACGAGACGCACUCGGAAAACUCGAUCUUCUUUGAGGUCGACGGACCGUACCGCGCGAUGAUCCUGCCGUCGAGCAAAGAGGCAGACAAGCUGCUGAAGAAGCGGUACGCGGUGUUCAAUGACGACGGGUCGCUGGCGGAGCUCAAGGGGUUCGAGGUCAAGCGGCGCGGCGAGCUGAAGCUGAUCAAGAUCUUCCAGUCGCAGAUCUUCAAGGUGUUUUUGGAGGGCACGACGCUGACCGAGUGCUAUGCAGCGGUGGCUAAUGUGGCCGACCAGUGGCUGGACAUCCUGUUUUCCAAGGCCCAGGGGCUGCCGGACCACGAGCUGUUCGAUCUGAUUACCGAGAACCGCUCGAUGUCAAAGUCUCUGGAGGAGUACGGAGCGCAAAAAUCGACGUCGAUUUGCACAGCCCGGCGGCUUGCAGAGUUCCUCGGCGACCAGAUGGUCAAGGACAAGGGCCUGGCGUGCAACCGCUCAAUAUGCCAGUGUCCUGAGCGCGCGGUGCCGGUGGCGAUUUUCUCGGCAGACACGGCUACACAAAAGCAGUUUUUGCGGCGCUGGCUGCGCGACAACUCGCUGGAGGACUCGGAUAUCCGCAGCAUUCUCGACUGGGACUAUUAUCUGGAGCGGUUCGGCAGCGUGAUCCAGAAGCUGAUCACGAUUCCGGCGGCGAUGCAGGGCGUCAGCAACCCAGUGCCGCGGAUCCAGCAUCCAGACUGGCUCAGUAAGCGUGUGGCAGCAGCGAUGAGCACGCGCAAGCAGCGGCAUUUGACGGAUGUGUUCAAGCCAGUGAGCAAGGAGGAGCAUAUGGCCAAGGUCAGCGCCGAGCUCGAGCGCAGCCGCAUUGAGGACGACAUGGAGGACUUUGGGGUGGCUGGGAGCGGCGGCAGUCUGGCCCGACGCAAGGUGGGUGUGGUGCACAGCAAACGCAAGCGCAAUGGCGGGCCCGCACCGCUCACGAUCGGGCAGGUGGUGGAAAGGCUCGAAAAUAUGGCCGAGCGGCCGAGAACGGCGAUGUUCGAUAUGGUCGAGGAGCCGGCGGCUGGCGGCCCGGGGCUGGGCCAGUUCUUCACCAAGACACAUGUAUCGCUGGCGCGCAAUGUCUGGCAUGUGGUGCAGUGGGCCGAGACUGACACGCCCGGCGAGCUGCGUGCGUGGGUGUGGAUUGGCGCACAGCUGCACACGGUCCGGGUCGAGAUCCCGCGGACCCUGUAUGUGACCUCGGCAGUGCACCAGGCAGAAAUCGCCAACAGCAAGUACUUCUCCGAGGCCCCGUCGGUGGUCCUGCCGCGCACCGCGUACGGACAGCAUAUGCACACGUACAAGUGUGUGAUGGGCGAGCAGGAGUACAUUGCCCACAGCAGCCGGUGGGGGUCGUUCUUUGCCCAUCCGGGGAUUGGCGGGGUGUAUGAAACCGAGGUGACGCCGCUGGACCGGGCGCUGAUUGAGGUGGGUGCCACAGCGUGGCUGAAUGCGGCAGCCAGGCGGCGCGGCGCGGGGCGCAGCAUGGCCGAUGUGGUGGGGCUGGGCGAUCUGGACACGCUACGCACGGUGCUGGCAGUGCCGUCGGGCGUCGCGUCGCAGACAUGGAAUGCGCGUGAUAUGAGCUAUGCGCUGCUGUACCACGCCAGCGCGCGCGACGGGCGGCACUUUUUGGCAUUUGUGAGCCCGGCGGGCGGCUACGCGCACGUGUGCGUGGUCAACACCGCGCAGCAGACGGCGCAGCUACAGCUGCCCAACAUGGAGCGGCUGUACCGGGAGAGUGUGUCUGCAGCACGUGACUCUGACAACAUCGACGACAGCGCCUUUACGUAUCCGGAGUCGAUAGAGUUCACUGCCCAGGCAUUUGCGACUCUGGCGGCAGCGUACCGAUCCAUCAACAGUGCGCUGGCCAAGUGUGCGGGUGAGAAGCGGGCGCCAACCAUGCUGGCCCGGAUGAGGGCCGUGGGCGACUUCCCGACGGUGCGCAUGCCCACACACCACGCGGACCGCACGCUGCCUGCGUUCGACUGGCAGCGCCAUGCGGGCCGGCGGCUGGUGGCCAGUCUGCUGGGCGCGUCGCGGUGGGUGGCCGAGCGCAUCUCGCUGGCCCAGUAUGCCGACAUCCCUGUGGGCAACAUCCCGGCCGACGCUCCCUUGUUCCUGGCCGAUGUGUUUUUCGCCCGCAAGCUGACGUUGGCCAAGCACGUGCUGUGGUGGUCGCCGGGCAGCCGCCCAGAUAUCGGCGGCCGCCAGGACGAUGAGUUCAAUGUCUCCUCAACCGAGUCGGCCGAGAGUGCAGUCGAGAUCAGUGUAUCCGGCAGCUACGCGGCCGCAUGCGCCGAGAUCGAACUGCGCAAUCUGGCCGUGAACACCGUUCUGAAGGCGCCGCUGGUCAGCGAAAUCGAGGGCACGGUCGGCGUGUUCGGCUACGACGCCAUGUCCUCCGGCGACGCCGGUUCGUCUUCGGGGGCAAUCCCGGCGUCGACGGUGCAGCUGCUGCGGUCGCUGCUGCGCGGAUGGUGCGUGGAAAUCGACAGCUCCGGCAGUCCCUUUGCGGCGCUGAUGGCCGAGCAUUUCUUCCGCUGGCUGACACGGCCCGGCGCCCGUCUGCAUGACCCGGCGCUGGCGCAGCUGGUGCGCGCGCUGAUGCGCAAGGUGUUUCUGCAGCUGCGAGCGGAGUGCCAAAAGCUCGGCGCCCGGCUUGUCUUUGGCUCGGCCGACAAGCUUAUUCUUUCCACCGGCAAGGGCUCGGUCCCGGCAGCCCAGGCCACCCCGCUGUUUGAGCGCAUCUCGCUGGCGCCGCUGCAGUACUGGACGCAUCUGGUGUGGAUGGACGCGACCAACUUUGGCGGUAUUGUUGUCCAGCAUGCGGGGCUUUCUGACCAUGUGGAGGCAGAAAGUUCGGAGCCGCGCAUCGAGAUGAUGUGGAGCAUCAAGGACUACCUGCCGCCGCUCGCCCAGGGCCAGUUUGAGGUCACCGUCGCCGAGUACAUCUACAAGCUAGCCGGCUUCUACGCGCAGCAGCGGUCGCACAACCCGCACACUACUGCUGAGCCCGUGACAAGCAGCGAAGCCGUUGACGACGAGGACGGGGAUGCGCCAGCCGGGAAUGCCUCCAAGGCUGCCUUCUACAAGCGGCUGAUCGGCCAGUACUUUACGCGCAAACUGCUCUCUGCAGUGCCCGAGAUCCGCAGCGCCUGCUCACCAGCGCACCAUGACGACCCCUCGGCGCAGUUCCCGCAUCUCCCGGGCGUCCGCUCAGCCCAUGCGCGCGAGGCCGCGCUCGAAUUCGUCAAAUACGUCACCACGGUGUUUGCCUUGGAAUCGCCUGCUGCCAAUUUCGUGCGGGUGCUGCGGCGCAACCUGCUGGCGGUGCUUUCUGUCGGCGAGUUCUCGGACCAGGCGCGGUUUGUCAAUCCGUGUGCCCGUCUGGUUCUGCCCCAGGUUGUCUGCGACUACUGCACGUAUUGCCGGGACUUGGAUUUCUGCCGCGACGCCGACCUGCUGCCCAGUCUGGCUGACAGUGGCCAGUGGGUGCAGGCCGAGUGGCUGUGUCUGGGCUGCGCCAAUCUGUAUGACCGGGUCCGAAUCGAGGAGCGUUUGGUCGCCCAGAUGCUGCAGCUGGUGCUGGCUUACCAGACCCAGGAUCUUGUGUGCUCAAAGUGCCGCCUGAUGAAGCAGGACAACUUCUCCACCCAGUGCGCCAGCUGCGCUGGAAAACUCUGCGUCAUCGGCAUUGCCGACCAGCACCCAUUGCUGGACCAGUCGAGGCAGGCCGAGAUCGGCCAGAUCGCAUCGGUCGAGUUCGCCGACAGUGUCAAGGGCAGUGUGAUCAAGGGCAAGGGUAAAAAGAACUCGCUGCGCAUUGCGCCCGACACGAAGCUCUGCACAAUCGCCACCACCACCGGCAAAUCCUUCAUUGUGCGCGGUGCCGUGCGCGGCCUGCUGAUGGAGUGGAAUGCGCGGCUCGAGACCGACCCCGGCCUGAUCCUGCGCGAUCCCUCGCAGGGCUUCCUGGCCAUCAUCAAGCCGUCCACUGACGACGACGACAAGAUCCUGAGCGCAUGCUCCCGCCAGCACCCGGGAAACUAG